AUGUCAACACAUAACGUUCGAGACUUUGAACACUGGAAAAAUGGCGAACUAAUUUAUGACUCAGACAAAGACCCUUAUACUAUGCAAUUUAUUCAGAAAGUACUUUAUGGACGUCACAACGUUGUCGUUCUUAUUCAAACGACUGAUUCCAAUUUAUUUGGUGUUUUCCACUCCUUCAUCCCGACACAAGAUGAAGUCAAAAAUGGUCCCAAACAAUACAACGAAACACCAAACGACGACAAAAUGUUUUUGUUCUCCAUCAAGCGACAUGACGAAAGUCAAUUCACUUUCAAAAUUUUCAAUAAGAUGUUAAAACAAACGAAGUCUUCAUUAGGGUUGUGCGCAACAGAAAAGGAUGGACAGUACAUUUAUUGGAUCGGCAAUGCAAUUUAUCUCAUUGGAAAAAUUGGGGAGAAAAAGUCUCAGACGAAUGUUUACAUUCACCACUACUAUGAGAUGACUACCAACUCAGACCUCAUCGGUUAUUCCGAGCGAGAGAAGUGGUUUGGUGUUGAUCGAUUCUGUGUUAUCCAGUUGUAG